AUGUCUACUCUUUCUCCCUACAAAGCGGAAUUCCUCAAAGCCGCAAUCGAUGGCGGGGUUCUCAAAUUCGGCAGCUUCGAAUUAAAAUCGAAACGAAUCUCCCCCUACUUUUUCAACGCCGGCGAUUUCUACCGUGCGGAUCUUCUUCGCGCUAUCUCUACCGCAUAUGCAAAGGCUAUUAUCGAGGCACAGGAUGCAAAGAUACUUGAUUUCGAUAUUGUGUUUGGACCCGCAUACAAGGGUAUUCCUCUGGCGACAGCUACGGUGGAUAAGUUGGCAGAUUUGGACUCAAAGUACAAUACUAUGUGUUAUUCAUUCGAUAGAAAGGAGGCAAAGGAUCAUGGAGAGGGAGGAAAUAUCGUGGGAGCUCCAUUGAAGGGGAAGAGGGUCUUGAUUGUGGACGACGUUGUAACUGCAGGGACUGCGAAGAGAGAGGCAAUUGACAAGAUCCGCAAGGAGGGUGGGAUUGUAGCUGGUAUCUUGGUGGCAUUGGAUCGUAUGGAGAAACUACCUUCCCCAGCUGGAGACGAUAGCGCACCAAUGCCAAGUGCCAUUGGAGAAAUCAGAAAAGAAUAUGGUAUUCCUGUCCUGUCUAUUUUGACAUUGGACGAUAUCAUUGGAGGUCUCAACGGUAUUGCGUCAGAGGAAAACAUCAAGAAUAUGGAAGAAUACAGGGCUAAAUACAAGGCCAGCGAUUAA